GCGGCAGACCAGGUACUAAGAGGCAUAGUAGUCUGCAGUCGGCCUAGAUUGAUAAUCUGUCGUCUUUCCCUGACAGCUGCCAAUUCUCUGCAAUCACCACCGGGCAUCGUGUUCCGUCCCUUGUUCUUGUUAGAAACGUCGAUAAACCCCAAACAAAACACAUCCGUUAUCUCCCCGACACGUUCCCGUCGGGAUCCGGGAAUCUGGCUUUCCUAGCACGCGCGGGAUUACCUAAGGGGCUGCGGACGGUCUCCGGCAGCAUGUCCCCGCUCAAGCCGCCGGCUAGCCUGAGGAGCUACCCCUCGGCUACAAGACUGGCCCAGAUCUCGAGCCAUUUGGCCGCCGCCUCGCAGUCCCGAGUCGUCUCAUCUUCCUCCCCCACCAGCAACAGCGUGCAAAGAGCCAACAUGUCUACGCAGCCAGACCACCCUACUCUACUCAUCCCGGGCCCCAUCGAGUUCGACGAUGCCGUCCUCCAGGCCAUGAGCCACUACAGCGAGAGCCAUGUCGGCCCCGGCUUCGUCAACGUCUUCGGCGAGACACUGACCCUCCUGCGCAGGCUCUUCCAGACCACCAACCCCGGCGCCCAGCCCCUCAUCGUCUCGGGCUCCGGCACGCUGGGUUGGGACAUUGUCGCGUCGAACCUGGUCGAGCCCGGCGAGAGCGUCCUGGUGCUGGGCACGGGCUACUUCAGCGACGGCUUCGCCGACUGCCUGCGCGUCUACGGCGCCGACGUCACGGAGCUCAAGGCCGCCGUCGGCUCGAGGCCGCAGCUGCCCGAGAUCGAGAAGGCGCUGCAGCAGAAGAAGCACAAAGUCCUGACCGUCACCCACGUCGACACCUCGACGGGGGUGCUGAGCGAGCUCAAGGACCUCACGGCCCUGGUGCGCAGGGUCUCGCCCGAGACCCUGGUCGUGGUCGACGGCGUCUGCAGCGUCGCCUGCGAGGAGGUCGCGUUCGAUGAGUGGGACCUGGACGCCGUCGUCACGGCCAGCCAGAAGGCCAUCGGCGUCCCGGCCGGCCUCUCGAUAUCCAUGUUCAGCGCCAGGGCCAUCAAGGCGUUUGAGGCGAGGAAGACUCCCCCGGCGUCGUACUUUGCGUCGCUCAAGAACUGGCUGCCGAUCAUGAAGAACUACGAGAUCAAGAAGCCGUCCUACUUCGCGACCCCGUCGCCGCAGCUGAUCCACGCCCUCCACACGGCCCUGACCCAGAUCCUCUCGCGGCCGUUGGCGGAGCGGUUUGCCCAGCACAGGGAGGCCUCGGAUAGGAUCAAGAAGGCCGUUGCGGACCUCGGGCUCAAGCAGGUCGCAUCCAAUCCGGCCGACCAGGCCCACGGCAUGACGGCCAUCUACCUCCCCGAGACGGUUAAGCCGACUGAGAUCCUGCCGAGCCUGGCCAAGAAGGGCGUCAUCUUUGCCGGCGGCAUCCACAAGGAGAUUGCUACCAAGUACAUAAGAUUCGGACACAUGGGUGUUAGCGUGCUAAAUCCGGAAAGGGGCGAUGUUGAGCGUGCCGUCAAGGCGCUCGAGACGGGAUUGUCCGAGUGUGGCUACCAAAAAGCUUAGAGGAGAUUACGCUGCUAUGGAAUCCUACCUGCAUGUUGGGACAGUGCGGAGAACCAUGACAUCUCAAGCUAUGAGGUCAUCUCCGGCGUCCCUCCUCUCGUGUCCCCGCGCGCGUGGUGAUGUGCCAGGCCGGUCAUCGCGCUUGAAGCGUGCGGCCGACUGGGUGCUGGGAUUAUCUAGAGGUGCUUGAAAAUAGAUUUCCACGUCGCAUUGGCGUCUCGAUAUAUCGGAAUUGUAACCAAUUGGCGGCCCAAGCACGGCAGCUGGCUUUGCAGUUUAUACGGACUGCAAGCUUUUGUU